UUUAAAUGAUAGCGCUACUCUGCAGCGGCUUUCGGUUUAAUAACUCUGUUUCUCAGCCGUUGGGAGCUGGAUGGAGACAUUCUGGCAGCGUACAUGAAUGAACAGGCAUGUGAAGACGCUAACAUUCGAUUUUAGUAGUUUAUCCUGUGGCUACCUGCGGACCGUUUUUCACCUCUCUCAUCCUACACUUAUGAACGUUAGCUUAGCCCGCUAGCUGUCAGCGACAUUAUGGCAUGCGUUUAAAAAAGCAAGCUCUUCCUCAUUGCAUUAACCAAGAGGGGAGGUUCUGCUUUUAGUGGCUGAUAAAUCCUCUGACUUCCCGACAAGGGCUUAGUUCUUGCUAUGGAGCCGUCCGCGGCCAUGGGCUGUGUGAAUAUCGGCAGUCUCACCAGCACCUUACCGGUGAUCCCCUACCAGAAACUGACCGACCUGUACUACCUGAGCAGGGGAGGCUUCGGCACCGUGUUCAAGGCUCAGCACUCAGACUGGAGGACUACUGUGGCCAUUAAGUGCCUCAAACUGGACGCUCCUGUUGGAGAAAGGGAGAGGAACUGUCUGCUGAAGGAAGCCGAGGUGCUGCACAAAGCCAGGUUCAACUACAUUAUCCAGAUAUUUGGCAUUUGCAACGAGCCUGAGUUCUUCUGCAUCGUCACAGAGUUUAUGAGCAAUGGUUCUCUGGACCUCUUACUCCAUGAGAAGGACGUGUACCCUGUACUGGCCUGGCCUUUACGGCUGAGGAUCCUGUAUGAGAUUGCCCUGGGGGUAAACUUUCUCCACAACAUGAACCCUCCUCUCUUACAUCAUGAUCUGAAGACGCAGAACAUCCUGUUGGACGGAGAAUUUCACGUGAAGAUUGCAGACUUUGGCCUCUCAAAAUGGAGGCAGCUCUCCGUCAGUAAAGGCUCCGGGUCUAAGCCCACAGAAAUGGGGGGCACAGUGAUCUACAUGCCCCCUGAGAAGUACGAACCCUCCAAGAGCCGCCGGGCUGAUGUAAAGCACGAUAUGUACAGCUAUGCCAUCAUCAUGUGGGAGGUCCUGUCCAGGCAUAUUCCUUUUGAAGAUGUGACCAACCCCAUGCAGAUCAUGUUUAGCGUGCUGCGUGGGACUCGUCCUGACACCGGUCUGGACAGUCUGUCUGCUGACAUCCCCAGCAGAGAAACCCUCAUCAAUUUAAUGACGUGCGGCUGGACCGCCAACCCUGACGAGCGACCUUCUUUCCUCAAGUGUCUAAUUGAGCUGGAGCCCAUGGUGAGGAGCUUUGAUGAAAUAGACUUUCUGGAGGCCGUGUUGGAGAUCAAGAGGGCAAAGCUGAUUGGUCAAUCAGGCUGUUGUUCAGCUCGGUCAGAAUGUGAGAAGAGGAGCGAGGAGGGAUCUCUGAACAUGCUGAAGGACAGACACAGUCCAUGGCAGGAAAGCUCCACCUCUGGCUCAGGCUCUUGUUCCUCUCAGGACACAGACAUUUCUCUACCAGGGGCUCUCACUAGCAGUAAUGCUCCUCCCUCUAAAGAGGGGCUUCCAUCAUCGUUCCUAGCUCACAAUCUGGACCCUCCCGGGUCUUUGAAGGAUCACUGCGCAGUCAACGAUCUGAACGGCUUCCAGAGUGCCCGGCCCAUGACAGAAAUGAACAUCCCCGUCAAGCCCGGCCUGCCAGUCUCUGAAUUAGAGACACACCUGGAUAAUCUUACCCUAAAGCCUCAGCAACAAGCAGCUUACUCUCCUCCCCUGCAACACUCUCCUCUCCCUACCUUUCAAGGCCAAUUUGCUACUUGGAUCUCGUCGCACCGUGAGAAGAUUGUCUCUCAGAUGACGGAGGCAUGCCUGAACCAGACCCUGGAUGCCCUGCUGGCUCGCACUUUGUUGAUGCAAGAGGAUUAUGAACUUGUAAAGAAUCAGACCACACGCACCGCGAAAGUCCGCCAGCUGCUGGACAUCUGUCCCAAACACAACGAAGACUUCUGCCGCAUUGUUGUACAAAAGCUGCGUGACAACAAACAGAUGGGUCUGCAGCCUUACCCGCCUGAAAUCGGUUCCCCUUCUCCCACUGUCGUCCAUCCCACGGCACCUCAACUCUCCAUGUCGUAUAAUAUACCGAGGAACAUGUAGCAGCAGUCACAGACAAGAAAGUGAAAGACUGUGCCGAAUAUACACUACACUGAGCUCUUAAUGUUCAUCAAGAAAGUCCACAUGUUUUUCACCAGUUUUCCCCCUCCUUAAAUAAACGACCUGAGGAACAGCUGGCUGAUUAAAGAAAGACACGGGUAGAAAAAGAAGCAGCGGGCUCUGAAGUGUGAUAUCUGCUCAUUAACAAGAGACAAAAGUACUAAUUCUGUAUGAACAGAAUCAACCAUUUUGACUGAAUCAGUGAUUUUAUUUAACAGUUUUGUGGACUGAUGAGGAGAUUUUAUUUUAGGUCUUUAUUUUUUGAGUUGAUGUGUUAGAGGUUUGUUUAGGUACUUAGUGUGUUCGUUUCCAACAGUCACUAUUAUGUAUAAGCAUUAUGAUGUAGCACAGUUGUUUUUUGUGCGGUGUGCUAAUUUAUAGAGCAUUGAUCGUAUAUUGAUACGUACAACGCCUCUCAUUCUCCUUCUGUUGUACAAAAGCGAAGCCAAAAUACCCUCAGGACAAAAUUAGGCACUGACAUAUUGAGAUGGGGAUGUCAUUUGGAGACAAGAAAUGUGAAGAAAGGAGCUGGCUGUCUGAUGACAUACAGUAUAGUUACUGAUGACAUGUCAACGAUUGCGUAGGUAAACAGGAGAACAGAUUUUUGUUUCAUUUUCUCUUGGCUUUAAUCCUCUACUCUGCUAAUCUGGUUAAUGGCACUGCAAGGAGCCACAUUUGUCAACAGACAUGCCGAUCAUGAUGUCAGAUGUGCUUUUUUUUGUGUCAAACAACAACUUCAAACAAAAAUACCCAGAAAAAUUUACACCUAGACCUAAAUAAUCAUUUUAAUUAUCAUCACAACAGACUGUGGGUUUUUAAAAAUUCAUUUUGCAUUUAUUUUACUUUCUAGAUGACUCAUGUGCCAUCUGUUUACAUGGAGGAGGCAAGGUUCAGCAAGAGUUACUCAAAAGUUUCCAAAACCCAGAGUUUCGGCCAUGGUGCACCUGCCCUGGAAUUAAAAAAAAAAAAAGCCUUAAAAUGGACAGUGCUGGGAGAGGGAAGGGAUAAGACACACCCACUCAGUCCUGACCCCAUCAGCCUUAACAUCAUACGGUCCACGCUGCUUUGUAGAUUUGAUUUUUAGCCGUAAUGUCAUAACCAUCCAAGGUAGACUUGCCAUGAGCUACCCAAGUGUGAACCAAUGGCAUAUGCUCCCGUAGAAGACGCAUGCCUGUAUAUUAUCAACCUUGUUUUAAGAAUAGCAUGGUAUAUCUGCAGUCUCUUGGAAAAGAACUACACUACCCACAAUCCUAGAGUGUCAAAAUGGUGUCUCUGUAGGCGUUACCCCUAAUUUUGUCAAUCAGCUGCCACUACUGAAGGUAACAGUUGUGGAAAAGAGGGCUAUAACUGUUGAACUCUGUGGUGACAAAAGCUGCCACCAGAUCAGCCAAUAGAAAAAUUCUGUUGCAGCGGCUUUGUUUCAACCUGUAGAGGGCAGUCAUUGUACAUAUUUCUGCCGCAAACGAGACUGUUCUAUCUGAUCAACAACACAACUGAAUACCAUAUAUGGCACAAAAGUGGUUUAUUUGGAAUUUAGUUAUCCUUUAACUAUUAUAGCUUCACUUCUGGGUGGCUGUUGCUCUGUCCAUUUUAGUAUACAGUCCGUUAGAAUACAAACAUCUUUGAUAAGCUCAGUUGCUCUAAAACUGACAGAAGGACUGUUAACAUGCUGGUAAACCUGCAGCUUUAUAAAGGUUUAUUCCCCUCAUAGUAACCAUUUAACAUCACGUAAUCAUGGUUUUAUAUCCUGAGAUGCAUCACCUGAGACAGGAUGUGAGAGUAUCGGCAUCUUUGUGUUGAACUGUAUGACGUACAUUGAAUCAGCGAGAGACUGCACAGUCACAGUGUUGCUACUGUUAGCGAUAGAACCAUGUGGAUGACUGCUGCUGAAUGGAAAGUUUUUGUCCCUGACUCUACCUCUUUCUGUUUUUUCUAAGCUGCUGAGCUAAGAGAGGCACUGGGACACGGCGUAAAGAGGAAGUAUAGACUGUAAUGUUACACCCAGAGUGAGAGGGAUGCAUGUCUCUAUACACAUCUGUGUCUGGAUUAAAAAUGGACCAAAGUGUUGUGAUUUCUUUCGGUCCUCUCUGCAGAAACCUCACCUGUCUGUAAUCCAUGUCACAUUCUCUUUAGAAACUACAGACUCAUGGAUACUCCAAAGUUAAAGAUUAUCCUCAGACUCCAGAGUAAGAUUAAAAGUUUAAUUUAUUCUCCAGCUGAGUGUAAAUAUUGGGGUUUCCGUCCUCCAGCUUUUUAUGUUAUUCAUAUUUUUAUGCACAUUAGAAAUGGAGCAAAAGUGUUUGAAAUUCAUGAAUAAAAAACCCAGCAUUAUUGCAAGCAGGUGGAAAAGUUGGCAUAUCGAUGAAAAAAGAAAUUGAGCAACUGAGCCCCCUUUUCUGCAGUGUUUUAAUUUUGUUUAAAUGAGUAGCGCCACCUACAGCUCAACCUUUUGACUCCUAAUACUCCUAUUACAGCUGUGGAUAGAAACACAUUUGUACAUUACGUUUGAAUGUAAACCCUACUGAUGAAAACUGCUCUGAGAACAGUGUAAACACUUUAUCUCUCUGUAGUCUUACAUACUUUUCUACUUUAACUGUGCUUCCUGAUCAGCUCAAACACACACACACACACACACACACCCCCCCGCACCCACACACACCUCUGUGCAGCAGCAGAAAGUUUAAGUGUAUAAGUAACAGUUAUUUUCAGUCAUACGUAUGCAGGAUUUUUGCUAUUUGCCUACAAUUGAUUUUAGUUCUAGCAGACACACAAACCUUUUACUCCAUGUUAACAAUCAUUUUUGUUUUUUAUGUAAGUGAAAUAUUCCUUUAAGCGUCACCUAUUAUAUAUAUAAACCACUUCACUGUGUCUAAGAACCCAAGCUGACAUCUCCCAAACAGGUAUCUAAAAUCCAAAGAUGCUCAGUCAUAUUUGAGAAGCUAGAUUCUGAUUUAAGUUACUUCGAUUCAUGUCAUUUUUGUACAGACCUGUACAGAUUUCCCCCAUUAUGGCUUUGUUGCCUUCAUCACUGCCUUCACUGCAUAUGAUAGGUGCUUAAAAUAGAAAUGUAGCUGUGUGUUACAGUCUGUAACCACUUCAUUUGUCACAUGGUGACCUACAUUUGCUUCAGCUUCUCUGAAAAGGUCCACUUCAUGUUUUCAUGAUGUGGAUCCACAGGUUCCCCAUCAUUCAUCCACGUAGUUAAAUAAGGCUGAACUAAACAUGGAGAAACGAGUUCUUAGUGAGACACCUUUGUAAACAAAACCAUACAGUCUCUUAUGAGGGAAUUUUAAAAAUCCAGAAAGGCCAAUCAAGGUCUAUGCUUCCAUCAUGUUGUAUUGCCUUGUCUCUGAUAACUGUGCCUCAUAUUCAGCAUGAAGUCUCAACCAGUCAAGUGCAAACUUUUUUAUAAGCAUAUCAGAGAGUGUUGAGUGAAAUGAGACAAAUUUGACAUUUUGACACAUUUUUAUAGUAUAUUGUAGUUCCAUCUUUUUUAUGUAUAUUUGCAUCCGUGAUCUGUUGUCAAAAACUUAAACAUUGUUAUGUAAUUAUUUGAUAUUCAUAGAAAUGCCUUGUGCAAAGUACUGGCCUGGUUUAGUGCCCAUGUUCUUAUCAGUGUCUGUUGAUCAAACAGCCAUGUUAUUCGUUACAUUAAGUUCAUUUGAUGUAUUAUAGUGGUUUCAAUAGAAACUAAGAUUUUCUUAUACUAUGUCAAGCUCUUCAUUAAAAAGGUACCUUGUUUUUA